UGUACAGUGUAGUAGUUACGCAGGAAUUAUCCGUAACUACACCUGUGAGAGAGGUGUAGUUCUCUCUUAUAUUACUCUCUAAAUUAAUAGGGUAGUUGUGCUUUAAUAUAAUUAAUUGAUGUCUAUAAUUUAAUUUGAUUUUUUACCCCUGACAUCGAGAUCGGCUGAUUCACUCAGCUUCAAAGAUGACAUCGGGAAAAGACACGAUGGGUGAGCAACCCAUAUUUACCUGCAAGGCGCAUGUUUUCCACAUUGACCCCAAAACUAAAAGAUCAUGGAUCUCGGCCUCAACGUCCGCUGUUAGUGUUUCAUUCUUCUAUGAUUCAACGCGGAGCCUAUAUAGAAUUAUUAGCAUCGAAGGUACCAAGGCUGUUAUAAAUAGUACAAUUACACCCAGUAUGACGUUCACAAAGACAUCGCAAAAAUUUGGACAAUGGUCGGAUAUUCGAGCGAAUACAGUCUAUGGUUUGGGAUUUUCUUCGGAGGCUGAACUCAAUAAGUUUAUCGAGAAGUUCCAAGAGGUGAAGGAGGCGACGCGGCUGGCGAGCGCGAAGGCGAGCAACGGCAACGCGUCGGGGGGCACGGGGGGGACUGGGGGUACAGGGGGGACUCCGGUGACGAGUGCCAACGCGAGUCCAAUCACGUCGCGUGCCGCCAACGCAGUAGUCACCGACAACACGCCGCUUCUGGAGCCCCCCGCCAUGCAGCAGACGGCCGUCUGCGUGUCCCCCUCCCCGCUGGCGCCUCCCCCUGCACCCGUCGACGACAAUGCCGCCGACGCCAACCGAAACAACUCGCAUCAGCGCAGCCAGUCUCUGUCCGGCCUGCAGCAAGGAGAAAGUCCUAAGCAUCAGAAUGCUGACAUGAAAGCUCCAUCUGCAGUGGCAGCGAAUCCAGUUUCUAGCGCUGAAGUUCAACUGAAAUAUGAAAACGACAGGCUAAAGUUGGCAUUAGCACACAGUUCAGCAAAUGCGAAGAAAUGGGAGGUGGAGUUGGCAACUUUGAAAAGCAAUAAUUUAAGAUUAACUAGCGCUCUGCAAGAAAGUACAGCAAAUGUAGAUGAAUGGAAACGACAACUACACUCGUACAAAGAAGAAAACGCACGACUAAAAACUAAAUAUCUCGAAUUAGAAGCUGCUAAAGGUGGAACUGAAGCUGCUGCCGAACUUAGAAAGGAACUUGGCAUUUUAAGAUUACGAGUAGAAACAUUGGAGGUCGAAUUGAAAACUAAAGAUGAAGAAUUGAAAAGAAUUAGUAUAAAGCAGCCUAGUGAAGAACGUUGCAAGAUGCUGUCGCAGGAGAACGCAGAGCUGCAGGCGGGCGUUUCUCUGGCGCAGGCGCAACUGGAGACGGCGCUGGAGGCGCAUGAGUCGCAGCGCCGCGUCAUGGACACCCUCAACAACCAACUGGCGCUGCGCAUCCAGGAGCUGGCCGGCAUCCACCGCGAGAUAGCCACCGCGCUGCAAACAUGAACCUCAGACUCGCCCUACUGGUUCUGAUGAGAUUACUCACAUUCGCCCACCUCCACCUCCACCAUCGCAAUCACACACCACAACCCAGUCUAGUCUCGCACAAUCACCAAUUGCUCGGCCAGCCACUAACAACUCACCCGAAACUUUUCACUUUGAAGCAACGAAAUCAAUUUUUCUGGUAAUAUCGUUCAGGUUUCGUUGCUAUAUAGUCGAAAAUGAACGUGGAAACAUGAAUUUUAGCGCCUCUAUCGUAACGUUUCACCCUACAUAUUCUAUUGUUGAGCAACGAAAUCCGUUGUUACUGCGUUGAAACAACUGGUAAUAACGUUCAGGUUUAGUUGUUAUACAGUCGAAAAUGUACGGGAAAGGUUUCGGUAGAAGCUGGCCUAUACAAUAUAAAUAUUUCUUAUGUUUUAAUUGUGAUUAUUCAUUUUUCAUAUUUUUUUUAUUCAAUGUAAUCAUUCGUAUUUUAUGUUUUGACUUUGAAUUUUUUAUUCAAUCUUUUUUUCUGUUUAUAGGAACUUUUAGUAUGUUAGAAAAUGUGAAAUCGUGGGUAAUGGCAGGGAUAAUGAUGAGAGAGUUUUGCUCUAAAGAAAGGAAAUAUAAUAAAUGUUUCGAAAUGACGGAAAAUUUCUAAUUUUGUGUUGCGAGCUUUGGGUUAUUGAUAUCACUGAUAAGUUUUCGUAUUUUUCACAGUUCUAUUUGGUUCACAUGUCAAAAGCUCUUUCCCUACGGUUUCUUCACCACUUUCAAGAAUUUGUGUUCUCUUACAUCGACUCUGUUAAAAUAAUUAAUAUCAGUAUUAAUCAUGGUAAAUGAAUUUAGGCCUCCUUCAAACUGACGCCCUAUCAUCAACUACAAACUUUGAUUAUUGAGUGAUAAGAUUAUCCUGAAAAUAUAAAACUGUUACGCCCGGUUCUCAGGACUAUUAUUUAAUGUAAUGAAUCCAUAAAUCUGUAGGUUCAACGGUUUAUUAGAUUGCUCUUUUGUAAAAGUAGUUCCUGGUGUUUCACUUUGUAAAAUUGUAAUUGUUUUAUUAAAUGUUAUCUUUUAUAUUUUAUUGUUUCGUUGGUGGAGAUGUUGUGAAGAAUAAUCAAAUAGAAAAAUGAAACAUUUUGGAUCAGUAAUUUUUCCGCCAAAUUUUUUAUCAGUUGCAACAUCAAUUGCACAUCAUGCGUCCAUAAAAGGCGUCACUAAUACACACUAGAACGUGUGAAAAUGUAGAAAAAUUGGCAUAGCCUUAUCAGUGCUAGCAACUAACCAAAGCUUCCAAGCAAAAUUCAACCAUUUACGUUAUCUUCAAUCAUUCAUCAAAGCAUAAUAAUUAUUAUACUAGAAUUUGAUUUUAAAGAAUUGGAAUUUGUUAUGGAAUCCUAUGCUCUCUACUUAUCUUUUAGCAACAAACUAAUUCUUAUAUUUGAAUACUAUUCAGUACAAAAAUCUAGUUUAUAUGAUCUGAAACUCUACUCUUUAGUCUCUUGAACAAAAUAGUUUGAAAAAUAUUCCUUUAUCAGGUUAAAAAAUCUCUUAAGCGUGACUAGUUUUGGUGAUCUUUCUAGGCUAGUUUUGAAAAUUAAGUACAAUUUUUAUCUUUAGUAAUCUCAUCUAUUAAUAUUGUUGUUUUAUUCUUAUUUCUAUACUACUUAUUAACAUCUCAAUCUUAUCAUAAUCUUUUCAUGUUCUUUGACUAUCACUGUUUUAAUGAAUUAAAGGUAUCUCUAGCCAGAAAUUCAUUCAAAUCCAUCUUUCUUUUAAUAUUAAUGAUAUCAAAGUUAAUUUAUGUCUCUUGUUUUGCCAAUAUUUUAUUAUAUUAUGCAUAUUUUAUUUCUGAUCAUAUUGUUUUCUGUUAGUUUGAUAAAUCAAUUUUAUACAUAAUCUUCAAAUAACUUGAUUCAUCAUAUUGAUUUUAUGUAUUUAAAUUGUUAUGAAUAAUUUUGCAUGCUUAUUUUAUUCUCUGACCGAUCAUAAUAUCACUCUUUAUAAUUUCUUACAUGUUGCUUGCUCGUGCUUUGAUUGAAAAAAUCAAAGAAAUGUUCACUUCAUCAAUGUCGAUUACAGUUAUAUAAAUUAAUUCAUUGAUAUGAUUUGAAGCAAUUAUUAACUCAUUUCAAGAGUAAUUGUGAUAUUUCGAAAACUUUGAAAGCUAAGUUUCUCAAAGUAUUAUUUGGCAGCUAUUUUGAUGUUUUUUUAUGACAAUGAUUUAUUAUUGUAAUGAAAACUCAUCUUGUUGGCUUUCAAUCUCUAUUAUCUGUUUUGUACAAAAUCUUGGCUGUUUUUAUUGUCAACUCAUUAUUCUAUUGCGUAUUUAAUGUAGGUAAUACAGUAUUAGAAUUUUUUAGUGAUAAUGAUUGACAUUUCUACCAAACGCACAAUCUUACACUUAUUCGGGUAUUCAGGUUCUUUUUCUCACACAUUUAAGGGAACAUUUAAAACAUUUAGCAUAUUUUGCUUAAUUGAAUUCAUUUAUAUUCUAUUCGAUUAUUAUUUAUUUGCAAUCUCAACAAGCUUUUGUGGGUUCAAAUGACGUUAAUAAUGUGUUCAAUAAGAAUUCGUCUUUCUCCUUUCGAAAAACAUGAGGUACGGUAACUGAAUUUCUCAGCAGAAGGUUUGAGAAAAGUUUAUGAUAGUUAAAAGAUUAAUCAAUUACACUGAACGAGUCGUAACUUUCAGAAAUGAAACAGACAACUGUUCCAAUCCAAAAUAUGAACAAUAGGGAAGUAUUUAUAUUAUUAUCUAGAAUCUGGUCGGUGAAAAAAUUGAGGAAUACUGUUUGUAGACAGUGCUAAAUUUUGGGAAACUAUUAUAGACAGUGGAAAAUUAAGAAAAGCUUAAUUUUCAUAGUUGAAGUUAGAAGUAAAGAAAAAUAUUCUUGUGAAAAAAAUGAAAAUAUAAAACCCGUCAAGGGACGAGGAAAUUACUGAUAUUAAAAUCUCAAAACGUUAUGCAACAUACAGUACAUAAGACAGAACCAUUGAUUUGAUGCUCAUAUAAACCCCUCAUUAUCUUUAAUAAAGUAUUGUGAUUGAAUUAUUUAAAUGUUAUUUUCCACUUUUUUAACACUACUUCACGCACAAACUACACUUGCAUGAAAUUUUAUUGUUUGCUACACCUUGCAUGCAUGUUGAAUAUGGAAAAUUAUUUAUAUUGAGAUUUUUUAAAUGUGUGUGAUUUUUGGGGUGAAAAAUGUAAUUCACAUUUUAGAAACCCCUCAAAUAUGUUGUGAUAAUGGCGUCUAAAAAGUCGUCUUGUAUUUGAAUGAUUUUUUUAUAUUGUUUAGAACAAAUUGUGGUGUUUCUAAUUUAGCAAUUGGUGGUUUGUGUAGUUGAGCACAUGACGUUUGUGUGCAUUCGGUGAAGUAGCGUUGACCGAUUAAAUAUAUGGCGUUGUGGUGUGAUUAUAGAUAUUGUAAAAUAUCAGCAUGAGGUUAUUGUGAGACUAAUCCUGCAUCACGACACCCGAAGAACCGUAGGGAAUCUACUCUAGAGACACUUUUUGUGACACUAUUCAAAUUAUCAUAACAGUAAGUUAUGUUGUUAGUUAUAGUUACUAUCACUACUUGAUAUUAUAUUUGCAAAUCAUUUCAAUUUGCAGUACUCAUAGCAGUAGUCGUAGAUAAUGUUGAAAAUAAUUUUUAACUUCAAUGUUGUAUAAACCAACUUGGAUCAUUUCAAUAGAUUUCAGUUCUUGUGAGAGCGUGAUUUUAUAAUAAUUAGAAUGAGAGUGUGAGAGUUAUUGAAAUGUAUAUAAAUUAUAUUGUAAGAUGUGGAGUUUAUUUUGUGAUUGUUAUAUUUGUUUGUAGGUAAUGCAUUUCAAGAAUUAGCUAGUAUAAUAUUUUAUGUGCUCUGUUGAAUAAUAUACAUUUUAUGUCUCAAUAAAUGUGUGUAAAUAACGAAAUAUAUAUAUUAUAUAUCUUAGCACUGAUUUCAGCAUCUGGCACUAUGUUACAAUAUGUCACUAUUAACAAUGUAUACAUGUUAUCAUGCAUAAUCAAGUUUUAUACACCUUUGAUCAUCAUUACCCUUUCAUGGGAAUGUUAAACAAGUACUGUAUUCAUAUUUGCAAAAGUGUUCGUGGAUUGCAAUGCUUCGAGUAGUGUAGUGUUUACAUGAGUGUCAGAUCAAUGUGAUUAACUAAGUUAGGUGAAAUGCGGUUUGUACAUCUCUCAUUGUGCCCACUUUCUGUUUGAUAUUUUAAUGUUAUUCACAACUUACUUUCUAAACAAAAGAAAGAUAUCAUUUUCUAAUAAAUUUUAAAAUCUAUGUACAAUCGCGAUAAAAAGAAGACUGCUUCUACAUAAUAUAAUGCAUCCAAUUGUUUUUCAAUCAAAUCGUAUCAUUUUUGUAUUGAAGUUUUAGUAAAUCGUAAUACCGAUCAAGUAAUCAAUGCAAUAAAUAUUAUUAUAUGUUCUUUGUAAGUCAAAUUUGAACGGCCGUCAAUUUUCUUUGUGAUUUUUCAAUAACUACCCAAGAUGACCACACGAUAAUAAUAGUAUUUCAAUUUUGUUGUGAUCAUAGUACUUCAUUUACAAAUUUGUUGCAGUCUACAUAUUUCUUGACAAAUCCUGCAAAGCAGUUAGAAAAUUAUAUGAUAGAUAUGUUUUAUUUGAUGAAGUGGCAGAAUUUAGACACUAAUGUUCACUCUACCACUAACCACAAAAAGUGAUAGUCUAAAGACAAAUCCAACCACAAAACAUUAAACAUUGAAUUUCGUAUUCCAAAUUCUUUUACUGUGUUUUUAUUAAUUUUAUAAGACCGGCAUUUUUAUAGUCGCAUUUAUUUUUUAUAAUUUUUAUUUUUAAAUUAAUCAAGUUACAAAAAAUGAAAAAUGUUUGUCAGGAAAUCAAACUUGUUUGACGAAAAAUGUUACAUGAUGCACUAAAUGUUUGUAUUGAAGCUUUUUCUUUGUUAUUUUGAACAUUUUGGAAUCUCACAAUCUAGAGGCUGUGACUAAUCAGCAAGAUUUGAUACGGCAGCUAUUAGACACUAUUUUAAACGCUGAAAUAGUCAAUGAAAAAUUAUUCUUGAAAAUACAAUGUUAUCUGUACUCUUUCAAAGAGAAUUAUCUAAAAUAUAAUGAUGUGUGCCAAAGAAUGUUUUUAGUGAACACUUAUGUCACAUUGUAUCAUAACAUAAUUAUUAGAAUCUGCUAGGUAAUUAAAUUAUAACCAUGAACAUUUCAUGAUAGUUGAUAAAAUUAUAAUCAUUAAUGGAAAGCUAUUUAGAUGUUUUAGUCACUAGAAAAAGCUAGGUCUUCACAUAAGGCUGCCGAAAUUUCAAGCUUUUUCUAGUGCCUAAACCAUCUAUAGCUUAGAUAUCAGUUGAAGAAUCUCAUGUAUAAUUAGAGAUAUUGAACAAUUUUGUAAUUUGCUUAGGUUUAAAUGUUUAAUAUUCCUGAAACAUUUCAAUAUAAUUAUAAUGAAUAUUAGCACAAACUUGAAUAUGAAGUGAAAGUAGCUCAAUUACUGCUUCACUCUAAAAUAAUGUUAAUGAUAUGUUAUUGCCUUUGAUUAAAGGUGUUACUUAUUCAAAUCUAAUAAUAAUAAUCAUGCCAUUGUAUGUUUUCUAUUGCCUAUGAUUGACAUUAGACUUUGGUGGAAAAGAUGAUAGAAAGGUGAAUGCCAGGCCUAGAAUGGAAAUGAGCCAGUUGCAUCAACCACUCAACCAACGCCAUUUUGUGCUAGUUGGUUUCUACAUAGGUAUUUUAUAAAGGCUUAUUUUACACAAUACUGUAUAGUAAAAACUAUAAUUUAUAGUAAGUUAGUGAAUAUAAUUUUAAAGAAAUUUAUUAACCAAGGUUGUCAAAGCAGCUACAAUACUACUCUUGAUUAAAUUUAGUCGAUUGUACAAGUAUUUAUUAUGUAUUGUAUUUCAAAAAGGUAAUCUAGAAUGUUUCAAAAGCUUAUAAUAUCCAAGUCAGAAUAAUAAUCGUCUUAAUUAAAAAUAAUUUAGUAUUUGGAAAAUAUUAGUGUUGAUUGAUUAUUGAAAUUUAUAAAUUUGUAGUCUGAGCUCAACUGAGAUUCUUAUUGAUCUCUUAGAUGGUAUCUGUGUUUUUUGUAUCACUUAGAAAAAAUAACCUAUUCGAAUUUUUAAUUCAAUCAAGUGUCAUAUAAUUAGAUAAUAACAUUAUUUUAUUAUUUCCAUGACAAUACCUCUUAAUAAUGGUGACUCUGAAUGUGUAAUUGUUGAAGCAUUUCGUUUAGAUUCAUGUAGGUAGGAUAGAUUAAUUAUUGUCUUUGAAUAUCUGCCAUAAAUGCUACUGUACAUACUGUUGAUCAACAAUAGCAUGUAUAUAGUUCACAUUAUAUGAUUAUUUCCAAUUUGAAAAUUAUGUAAAUAAUCUGAAUGGAUUAGUGCCGAGUACAAAACUAUAUUUAAAAAGUUGACAAUGCAGGUUCCUGGGAGCUGUUGAUGAUAUAUUACUGAGUUUCGCUGUUGGAUGGUCUUGCAAACAAAUGUAUAUUCUAUCAUUUCAAUAGCAAUUUAUUAGUAAUCCAUUAUUGUAUGUUUAAUUUAAAUGUAGCAUAAUUUCUAAUUCGAAAUUCCAAAUUAAAUUUAACUGAUGUGUAUUCGAACAAAUAUUCUAUCAUUUCAAUAGCAAUGUAUUAAUAAUUCAUUAUUGUGUGUUUAAUCUAAAUCAAGCCUAAUUUCUAAAUCAAGUUGAAUAGAUUUUUUUCAAUUGAAUGAAGCACCAAUGAUUUGGAAAUGCUGGAAAUUUUCAUUUCUCUUGGAUAAAAUUUCAUUUUAAAUACAGCAUGACAGUUUCUCGAAAACUAGGAUCUCUAGUGUGGAGAUCAUGCACAAACACUGAGAAACAUUGGCCAAUAUUAGAAACUAUGUAACUAUACUCUAUCAGUAGAAGAAUUGUGAUUUUACCAGUAUUGCAAAAGGAAGGCUUUCCUUGAAUUCUCUAAUAGGUUCACUCUCAAAUGAGUUUUUUACAAACAAUUCUCAGUGUCUCACAAAUAAUUCCUAAAAAUAUUACAUUACAUCCCAAGAGCAGAAUAACUAUUUUCAUGAUUGAAUUGCUUGAAAAUUACGCUGACCACCCAAUCGCGUCCACUAUAAGGUUAUAUAUUAUCAUCCAUUCUCCUUGCCGGUCCCUAAGUAUUGAUCACUAGUAGUGAGCGAUGUAGAACAAAUUUAAAAACAUAAUUGAAAGAUACUGUUUUGUAUUUAUUGUUACAAAACAUUAUUCAAAAUCCAAUAUGUUAUUACUGAUAGAAGUGGUCUUUGAAUAAUGAGACCAAGUUUUCAAAUUUGUUGUAAUUGCUUGGUAUUCAAUAAAUUUUCAAAUAUAUUGACAGUUGAAGCUGAAAAGGAGCUUAAUAUCUCAUUCUAUAUUAAACAAACUAUAUACAGUAUGUGUAUUAUAAUGAAUAUAUUAUAUAGGUACAUCAUUAUGACAGAAACGGAUAAUGUAUAGACAUGUAUUAUGAAAAUAAAAGAUGACAUUAUUGAAAGAAUAAAUUAUCGUCAAGAAUGA